AGGUAGUCGGUUUGGUUUUUUUAGAGAGCUUUUUUAAUUUUGAAAAAGAGCUGACGAAGCGAUGACGAAACUUAAGACGAAAGGUGCGAGAGAGAUAUAACGAGAUAUUCGGGAAUGACAGAGAUCAGGUUCCCCAAUGGGACCACCGUCGCGUCGCGUUCCUCUGCAACAUCGGCUCGUUUUCUUUACUUCGUACCUGUAUAGUAUGUAAAACUUUGGUUUGUGACGGUAAGACCUUUGCGCCCAUACCUGUUUUCGCUAAUUGAGCGACUAAGGAUGUAACUCGACCUUAGCUCCUCAGGUAUUUGCACCCUUUUUGCAGAUAUUGUCAAUUUCACAUUUUACCCUAUAGUCCUUUCUUCACGUUCCAUCUCUCGUCGUCUUAGCGUAUACAGUUCUGUAAAUAAGGACAAAGGAUUAACCGGGUUAAGCGGUUUUCUUUAAGAACUAAAAAUUGUUUUACCGAUAUCUUUUUAUUUUUCUCCAUCCCCCGAGUGGCUUACUUAUUGGUAAAUAUGUGGAGCACAAUUUUCCUACACAUUUAAGGGUUUCACCACGGAGCAAUUUCUUCACUCCAUUAGCAAAACGGACAAAGGAUCUCUGCAAGGUUGAUAUUUAGUAUAAUUUUGAAAAACUAAGAUUCAUGCCGCGGGCUUUUCAGUGCAGCUAAAACAUGACGGACAAAGUCGAUAAGUAGAUAACUGCGGCAGCAAUUCGGUAAAUUUGAAGCCCUUUUUAUCGUGGAUCAGGAGCUCGUUAAGAAAAAUGGCAACCGAUAUUCGCGCGUGCCAUCACCUCAGUUUUAAAUUGAAUACCGGCGCGCUACCGUAUAAUUUCGCUUCGAAUGAAAAGAGAGGGAAUUUCAUAAGUUGAAAAACAAAAAGCCAAAGAACAAAAAAACGCGCGACAAAAAGAGGGGAGAGGGGUAGGAAUACUCAGAGAUUGAUCUAAAUCACAAUAGGGCUAAUAAGAUGCCUACGGGGAGAGAACAUAGCCCACCCGGUUCGCGGCGAGAUGUGCAUUGUGCUCUAACUAUUUCAACAUUUUAACACAAAGAAACCGACUCGCCUCGCAUGACCGAAAUUUUUCCCUUUUACGAGGAUAAAAAAUUCUUCACCUCGAAUGUUGCGCGUAUAUAUGCUAAUGAUCCGAUGGUCGUUAUCGUCUUCCUUCCUCCCCAAAGCCGGGAGGAACUUCCACCGAAUGAUUUUCGACGCCUCUGGGAUAACCGAGAUUUGAUGCACAAAUUUCAAUAUUUGUGUCAUUCUUUCGACAAUUUCACCCCGCAGCGGUAUCUCUUGGAAACGGUUGAAAUGUAUACUUUGAAAAGACAUCGGUGAGAGAAAGAAAAGGGGGAAAGAAAUUCCUGCGGCGUCCAAAAUCCACAAUUCUUUGCUAUGUCCACACGCGAGACAAUAUCUUUGUGGUAUGUAUAACAAAAGCGUAAGCGCAAUCUAGUAAUCUGUAACUGAGCAAAUAAUAAUUAGAAAAAAAUAAAAAAUAUGUAAUAACACUCAACCGGUUUCCUACAACAGCAGGAUCGGUAUCUGCCGACGCUACGAGUACCUAUAACGCAUGAUUCUACCGGCUUGGAAAUAUUUCGCGGAUCAUUGCAGGAGAGAGUGGGAAUUUUCUCGCAUUGUUGGCUCGGCUACAAAUCACAAUUUGGAAUUUUAGAAUCACAAAUCUUCCCAUCUCUGUGCAAUCGAAGAAAAAUAAUAAAAAAAAUAAAAUAAAAUAAAAUAAAUAUCAGCGUGCCAUUUGUCAAAAUAAUGAUUCGCGGAAUGUUAGCGUAUAUCUCGUCGAUGCAACUUUUUUAAUAUCCACGCAGGCCCAUGCCCUGAGAAAAAAAGGAAUUUGGAAAAAUAUAAAAAGAUAAACUCUAUUUCUUCACCCUGCAGCGGGUUAAUGCUGUUAAAGUUUAUAGAGACCCACGUCUAGUCAUUCUCGAGUGUUAUUUCGCGUCUCGGUUAUAUUCUAAUAGCAUCUCGAUUGACCCGAAGAGACCUGACCGGCGUGUAAGCACUAAGGAAAUUACGUUGAAACACGAUGUAUACGUGCGAACGCAACGUUGCUGACUUAACGGUGAUUCAACAAAUGUUCGAGCAUCUCUAUCCUAUCAUCGUUCAACGUAUCAUUUCCCCCUCGCUGCGUCUCGCACUUUUUUCCAAAAGAUACAUUAAAAAAAUUCCGCCCACGUAUACCGCACGUAUGCGUCCGAUCUAAUUUUUCGAUAGGGUUGUACAAUUGACAAGAGCACACGACGCCCGGCUUGGGUUCGAUGUAAGUAUAAAAAAUGAGAGUAAAAAAGAAUUGAAUAAAAAGUAAAAAAGUAAGAAAAAAAGAAAAAAAUAGGCGCCCGAAUACAGCAGGUAGUCCUGUCUCGGGAGCUUAAUUCCCCCGUACACUUUCACCUACGCGAGUCAACUCAAGUCAUGGUUAUAAGGUGAGUCGAGGUAUAGAAAUGGGUGGAUGUAGGGUAGCCGGUGAGUACCCGUGAAGAUGAAGGCGCGAGAGUCGAGGCGCCAGACCACCUGUUGCAUUACCUUUGGGCGUCCCCAAACCGGGUAGGAAUAUCUAGGUGGGGGAGAUUCGGUUUUCCCAUUGGUCCUGCGGCACGUGCUGCGUAAGGGUGCCUCGCUCCAGGAACACAUAAAUCGGAGCGAAGCUUUCGAGCCGGUUCAGAAUCUCCCCGCGAGUCGAUCGGUACUGUUGUUCAUUUUAUCACAAGUUGCAAUAAGGAAUAAGAAAACAGAACAAUUUCAAAGCAGAGUAAAUCAAAGAAACCGAAACGAAUAAGUAGGAGUAGUGCGUGCCGAAGAGUCCCUCUCGAUUUUUAAAUAUUUUCCUUGUUUGUGCGAACGAAAACGGUAGAGGAAAAAUAAUUGACAAAGUGCAGGUGAAAUUAUGGAGUUACAAGAGAUGUUCCGAUAUGGAUACUUGUUUCCACCUCAAGAAGACGCCCUUCCGACUUAUCUGGAGCUACCGAGCUACACUUAUCUGAAGGAAAAGAACGGGCUACCACCGGUCAGUACUUUGAGUACAUUGAGCACCUUAUCAGCUACUCAGUGCCUACCUUACGACCACAACAGCGAUGGUUGGCAUACGCCGAGUCCGGCUGCAAGUCUGAGAUCAUUGAGCCCUGCGACAAUUUCCGUAUCUUCGGAAUCCGAGACUUGCGCCAAUCAGAGUAUGCUACGUUCCGCGAAUUCCCAGCAAGAGAAGAAGUACAAGACUUUAAUCGUCGCGACGAAAACGAGCGAUCAUUUGACCGCGAUCGCCGGUAGAACGGAAACGGAAAAAAUAUCAUCGUCGCGUCAAAGCGUCAUCAGCAACAGUAGCAGCGGUCUCUCCGACCGAAUGGAUUUGGAGGAGAGUGACCCGGGUGACAGCGAUUUGGAAGAAGAAGAAUCCUGCGGAAAUGAACCUAGAAGAAGAGGGAAGGACGUGAGCUCGACAAUUGUCAGAAAAAGAAGGCUGGCUGCUAAUGCGAGAGAAAGACGUCGCAUGCAAAAUCUAAACAAGGCCUUCGACAGGCUCAGAACUUACCUUCCAUCGUUGGGAAACGAUAGGCAAUUGUCGAAAUACGAGACGCUUCAAAUGGCACAAUCCUACAUCACAGCGCUGUACGAUUUGCUUCAAUAGCGUGUCGUCGAUUUUACAGCGACUCUGGUGAACUUUCGUUUCUCAUGUAACGUUGUAAAUAAUUUAUUUUAUCAAUAAUUCAGUGCCAGUAAAAACUUCUCAAGUCUCCUGUGAUACGCGAA